AUGUCCCCGCAUCCAUCGUAUCGCAGGGUGCUGCGGCAGCAGACGUUUGGGUCAACGCGCGUUGACUUUGUGCUGGAGAGGGAGGGCGGCGGCCUGCUGCUGCUCGAGGUGAAGAACGUGGUGUGUGCAGACUACCCAGAUGGGGGUGUCCCUGAAGGCAGGUCCAAGGUUGGCGUCUACACGUCACCAGCCAAGCCCUACGUUCGCACCGCGAUCUUCCCCCACGGCGCCCAGAAGAAGGCCAUCGGUGUCGUGUCAGACAGAGCCAUCAAGCACCUGCAUGAGCUCACGCUACUGCAGCGCCAAGGGGCAGUCCAGCCGCCGCCGCGGCUCGCGGCCGCGCUCAGCAGCGGCGGCGGCGGCGGCGGCGGUGGCGGCAGCGGCGUGACCGUCGACGCAGACGGGCGGGUGCCUGCGCAGGCGGCUGUGCUGUUUGUGGUCAACAGGCCCGACUGCGAGGCCUUCCGGCCCUGCCACGAGGCGUGCCCCAUGCUGGCGCGCGUGCUGCGCAGGGCGGAGGACGCGGGGGUGGCGGUGCUGGCCUACUCAAUUGACUGGGAGGGCGGCAAGGCGUUCUGGGGGCGGCGGCUGCCCGUCGUGUAUGGCGCUGACGUCAGCGGCGCUGACGUGGACGAGGCCCACUUGGCUCGCGUCCUGGAGUUCAACGCAACUGACCCCCGCACCCACUGGAAGGCGGACAGGCGGUCCCCCAAGACCUCCCCCGCAAAACCCGCCAAAUCAAAGGCUGCCGAAACGACUGCAGAGGCAGAGGCUAUCGAGGCUGCGGCGCCGGAAGUUGAGGAGUCUCCGAAGCCAAAAGGCAAGAGGAGGGCCGCCAACGCAGGCAAGCAUGGGGAGGCGGUGGCGGCUGGCAUCGAGGAGGAGGGCGGCGGAGCGGCAGCUGGCGGCAUCGGGGGCGCGAAAAAGCGCGGUUCGAAGAGGGCGGCGGCAGCAGCAGGCACGCCCGCACCGGCGACGCCCGAGCAGCCGGCGCGGCGGCGGGGGCGGGCGGUUGCGAGCGACGGCGGAGCUCUGCUUGAUGGCGGUGGGCCGGCUGCUGCCGCGUCAGGCUCGCGCGCCAAGCGCACGCGCACACGCGCGUGA